AAAUCGAUGAUCGAGUGGCUCAACGGUGCCUCCCAUCGGACUUCAUCGUUCACAAUGGCAGACAAACAAAAUGCUCAGAAGAGUGUCAAGAUAGCAGCUGGAGCCGUGGUUUGUGUUGAAAGCGAAAUCCGAGGAGACGUUACCAUAGGCGCCAGGACCGUGGUCCACCCAAAAGCUCGCAUCAUUGCUGAGGCAGGACCCAUUGUCAUCGGAGAAGGCAACUUGAUUGAAGAGCAAGCUCUGAUCAUUAACAGUUACCCAGAAAAUAUUACACCUGAUACUGAGGUGGAACCAAAAACAAUGACCAUCGGUAUCAACAACGUCUUUGAAGUUGGCUGUGUAUCGCAAGCUUUAAAAAUUGGAGACAACAAUGUGAUUGAAUCUAAAGCGGAUGUUGGCAGGAAUGUAAUCCUCACCAGUGGCUGUAUAAUUGGAGCCUUCUGUCAGGUCAACACUUGUGAGGUCAUACCCGAGAACACGGUCAUCUACGGCUCUGGAUGUAUGAGGAGAGUGCAGACUGAGAGACCCCAGCCACAGACUCUUCAGCUCGAUUUUCUGAUGAAGAUCUUGCCAAACUACCACCAUUUGAAGAAAACUGUUAAAGCAGGCCAUGCUGCUAGCUAAAAUUACACUUUAUACCUUUUGAAAUGCAGAGAAUAUCAAUGUUUAACUAGAUCCUGCUGGAAGAAAGCAUGAAUGUAUAUAGUUAUGUACCUACCCUGUUUUUGCUCUUCAAUUACUGAUAUUUUCUACUCUGAUCUGCAACAGAAGAUUAAGCUUCUCAUCUUUCUCCUGCUAUGCCGAUGUACCUUUUGUUUUUUACAAUUAACUUAUAAGGUACACAAGCUGUACUAGAUUUGCUCAUUUCUUAUAAUGGCAGUUACCAGUAUUUUUAUCAUUAAGUUGUAGAAGGUAAUUUCUGCCAUUCUGAUAAAGAAUUUACACUAACAAUAAAUGAAACAUUUUAAGUAUUUA